AUGACAAUCUAUCGAAAUAUUAAUAAUUAUAAAGGAUGUAUUGUUCCUCUUCUACAACAUUGCUCAAAUGUUGAAUAUUUAACAUUAUUAUUAGCUAUUGGCGUAACCGGAUAUGAAUCCGGUAAUUUUGUUAAUGGAUAUGAUUUAGAGAAAGAUAUUGUUUCAUACAUGCCUCAUUUACGUCAAUUUAAUUUUCAUAUUCGUUCAAUAUUAAAAAAAGCGUCUCAUAUAACAAUUGACACCAUUCGUCAAAGUUUUAUAAAACUGCAACAACAAUCUGUUGAUUGUGCACUCGAUCGUUUUAAUAAUAACCAUAGUCAAUGUCAAAUUUACUCGCUUCCAUUUAUUGGUACUCGUCUUGACUUUAUUUCAAAUCGAUUUCCACUCUUCGAUAUAAAUAACAUGUUCUCAAUGGUUACCAUAUUAUUACUUUUCGAUGAUGUUAAACCAUUUGAAAAUAUUUUCUUUGCACAUGUCGCUCGAGCUCUACCUUCUCUUAAAACACUCGAAAUAUGGAAUGAACUUGAACAACAAGAGAAAACAACAACUACGACAAAUAAUCUUGAAUUUACGCAUUUAACUACGCUAAUUCUAUUCGAUAUUCAUGUAGAUUAUGCUGAACAAUUUCUUUGUCGAACUCAUCUUCCUUGUCUAAUCGAACUUGCCAUUCAUAAAGACAUAUUAUUAGCAAUAAUUGCUCAAGAUCAACAACAAGCAAGAGACAAUUGUUCUAGAGUGGAAACACUACGAACUUCUGAGCCAAUCUAUGAUUCAGUAUAUGCUCUUUUGAACUUUUUUCAACCAGGUUCCUAUUUAAAACAUCCAAAAGAAUAUACCGAAUAA